AUGGGGGUAUACGAAGAGGCGAAAUUACGUAUAGCUAGUCUGCAGUGUGAGGUACAACGCGUACAUGAUGCGGGGGUGGCAAUUGAAGCAGAUCCGACCAACAAAACGGCGAAAACCAAGUUUAAAAUAAUGUAUGCGACACUUGAAAGUGUAGCGAAUGAUUUCGAAACACAGUUAACGAUCAUUAUAAAACAUCAAUGCAAAGGGCCACCUUCGUCGGACGCAGUUAUCGAGGAAAAACUGCGUAUGGAAUUCGAGGAGAAAUAUGUGGGGUGUAAAAUCUUCGCUGAUGAAUACCUACCUGAAGCCAUGACUGAUGCGUCACUUAAUAAAACAUUUAUUGAAACAAAAACCCAUGUUAAUCCUAAUAAGUAUUAUCCAAUCGAAAAAUUAUCCAUACCCAAGUUUGGUGGUGACCCAAAAGAAUAUAUUAGUUUUCGGAACAUGUUUGACAAAACAGUAGGGGAAGCAGAUAUAUCGGCGAUUUUUAAAUUUAGUCACUUAAAAUCGUAUUUAGUUGGAGAGCAUCUGAGCUUGAUAGGGAAUUUAAUGCUGACCGAUAGCAAUUAUGAUCUAGCCUUAUCACUGUUAACUGCACGGUAUUCAAAUCGUCGGGUCAUAGCCGGAAACCAUAUCGAAGAGUUGUAUAAUGCUCCGAAAGCAUUUAUUAGCGAUGGAAGUUCUAUCAGAAAACUAUUGAAUAUUAUUGUCGAGUCAAUCGGUGCGUUAUCCAAUCUAUCAUACGCAGUGGACCAAUGGGACCCGAUUAUUUUACAUUUACUUCAAAAAAAACUCGACCAACCACUUCGAUCCCAAUGGGAAUUAUUGGUGGAUACAACGGAAGAUCCCACCGUGACAGAGUUCACUACUUUUUUGACUAAGUAUUGCAAAUCUGCAACCGUUUGUCAAGAAAUCACCAAACCGGUAACCAAAGUUUACAAACCAGGAAAAACGACCACCCUGUUCAGUAAUCAUCAUGCAGGAAAAGCCACGCCAGAACAAUUAGAGAAAAAGACAUUUACCUGCCAAGUGUGCAAAAGUCAACCAGGACAUUUGCUCAUACAUUGUCCACUGUUCAAGGAGAAAACGCCGACCGAACGCCAUCAAAUUAUUAAGGAUUUGGGGCGAUGUUUUAAUUGUUUUAGUGCGCACAUGGCUAGUGAAUGUAAAAAUCCAAGGAAAUGUGCUGAAUGUGGUAAAAAACACCAUUCCUUAGUACAUCUUCCAGAAUAUUCUAACCGAAAUAUCAAAGAUCGGGCAUAUGAAGUUCUCAUCGCAAAAAUUAAGGAGAUUGAUGAAAACGCAAAUAGAGAUGCCGUGGUUAAGAAGAUUAACUCAUUACGUUCAGCAUAUCGGAAAGAAAUAAAAAAAAUUAAGGAUUCUGUACGGUCAGGAGCUGGUGAAGAGGAUAUAUACUGA